GUCACUUAACAGUGAAUACAAACCGGUGCCUGGCUCCCAUUUUUAUUUUAAUUUUUUUCUAGCUCCAUAUGUUUUUUGAUAAUAACUUAAACACUCAUUGAUUCGGACGUCACUCUGAUAUUGCAGCUUGCUGAUGGCCACCUACCAGGAAUUCAUCCAGCAGAAUGAGGACAGGGAUGGGGUGAGAUUUAGCUGGAACCUCUGGCCCUCCAGCCGACUAGAAGCAACCAGGCUUGUGGUGCCGGUCUCCUGCCUCUUCACACCGCUCAAGGAUAGGCCUGACCUACCCCCGGUCCAGUAUGAGCCAGUCAUGUGCAGCCGGGCCAACUGCAAGGCAGUGCUCAACCCACUGUGUCAAGUUGACUUCCGAGCAAAGAUUUGGGCCUGCAACUUCUGUUUCCAGAGAAACCCAUUCCCUCCCUCCUAUGCGGGAAUAUCAGAAGUGAACCAACCAGCUGAGCUUAUGCCCCAGUUUUCCACCAUUGAGUACAUAGUACAGCGUGGACCCUCAGCUCCACUGAUCUUCCUCUAUGUAGUAGACACAUGCUUGGAGGAAGAAGACCUCCAGGCUCUGAAGGAAUCCCUUCAGAUGUCCCUCAGUCUUCUGCCUCCCAACGCUUUAGUGGGCCUCAUCACUUUUGGACGCAUGGUCCAGGUUCAUGAGCUCAGUUGUGAGUUGAUCUCCAAGAGUUACGUGUUCAGAGGCACCAAGGAUCUCACCUCCAAACUGAUCCAGGAGAUGUUGGGUUUAACAAAGCCUUCUGCAUCAGGACCGCAAGGAUGCGCUCCUGCACCUCAAGAUGCUGCAUCUUCUUGCAGGUUCCUUCAGCCUGUGCACAAGGUUGAUAUGAAUCUGACCGAUUUACUGGGGGAGCUUCAGCGAGACCCCUGGCCCGUUCCUCAGGGUAAAAGGCCACUCCGAUCCACCGGUGUUGCGCUGUCUGUCGCUGUUGGUCUCCUAGAGGGCACAUUCCCCAAUACGGGUGCUCGUGUGAUGCUGUUCAUCGGCGGGCCCCCCACUCAGGGCCCCGGAAUGGUAGUGGGAGAUGAGCUGAAAACCCCCAUCCGUUCCUGGCAUGACAUCCAGAAGGAUAAUGCUCGCCACUUGAAGAAGGCUACAAAGUACUAUGAAGCCUUAGCCAACCGAUCAGCAGUAAAUGGCCACAGUAUUGAUAUCUACGCCUGUGCUUUGGACCAGACUGGGCUCCUGGAAAUGAAGUGUUUAUCUAAUCUCACUGGGGGACACAUAGUGAUGGGAGACUCGUUCAAUACCUCUUUGUUCAAGCAAACGUUCCAGAGAGUUUUCAACAAAGACUAUAAUGGUGACUUCCGCAUGGUCUUCGGAGGCAUCAUGGAGGUCAAGACUACACGAGAGCUGAAGGUUUGCGGGGCUAUCGGACCUUGUGUAUCGCUCAACUCAAAGGGUUCCUGUGUAUCAGAGAAUGAGAUGGGCGUUGGUGGCACAACCCAGUGGAAAGUGUGCAGUCUCAACCCUUCCACCACUUUGGGCAUUUAUUUUGAAGUGGUGAAUCAGCACAAUGCACCAGUCCCACAGGGCGGCCGAGGAGCAGUCCAGUUUGUAACCCAGUACCAGCACUCCAACACUCAGAGAAGGAUACGUGUCACUACAAUUGCAAGGAACUGGGCAGAUGCACAAUCCCAAAUUCAGCAUAUUGAGUCAUCAUUCGAUCAAGAAGCCGCCGCUGUGCUCAUGGCUCGACUGGGAGUGUUCCGAGCAGAGUCGGAGGAGGGGCCUGAUGUCUUGCGGUGGCUUGACAGGCAGCUAAUUCGCCUGUGCCAGAGGUUUGGUCAAUUCAAUAAAGAUGAUCCUACAUCUUUCAAGCUGUCAGAGUCCCUGUCACUUUACCCUCAGUUUAUGUUCCACUUGCGGCGGUCGCCCUUCCUGCAGGUGUUUAACAACAGCCCAGAUGAGUCCUCCUAUUACAGGCACCAUUUCGUCAGGCAGGACCUCACACAGUCGCUCAUCAUGAUCCAGCCCAUCCUUUACUCGUACUCCUUUUAUGGCCCACCUGAGCCUGUACUCCUGGACAGCAGCAGCAUUCUGCCUGAUCGAAUCCUGCUGAUGGACACCUUCUUCCAGCUUGUUAUCUACCAUGGCGAGACCAUAGCCCAGUGGCGAAAGGCAGGAUACCAGGAAAUGGCUGAGUAUGAAAACUUUAAACAGCUGCUACAAGCACCUCUGGAUGACGCGCAGGAGAUCCUGCAGACGCGCUUUCCCAUGCCACGAUACGUCGAUACAGAGCAUGGAGGUUCUCAAGCCCGCUUCCUGCUCUCGAAGGUCAACCCUUCCCAGACCCACAACAACCUCUACGCCUGGGGACAGGAGACUGGAGCGCCGAUCCUUACUGAUGACGUCAGCCUGCAGGUCUUCAUGGACCACUUGAAAAAACUGGCUGUGUCCAGCUCUACAUGAACCUGUCAACAUCCCACCACCUUACAACAUCCCCUGAGACAGUUGAACUUUUGGAUAAUUUACCCUGGAAAAUCACAAAUGUCAUGAAUGCCAAUAUCCAGCUCUACAUAGACCUGUCAACAUCCCACCUUACAACGCUCCUAUUAAAACUAAGACAAUCUUGAGGUGACCUAGAACACUGUGGAGGAGCACAAUGAUGGUAAAGACCUCUGAAUCAAAGUGCAGGAACGCAGAACGUAAGUGGAGAAAAAUUAAACUCCAAAUUGACUAUGACCACUGCAGACAAAGUCUUUGUAAUUUUAACCAAGGCUUCGUCAAGGCUACACAGCAACAUUUUUCUGAAAUCAUCAGUAAGACCUUAAAUAAUACUCGCACUCCGUUUGUUGAGGUUGACAAGCUCACAACCCCCCUGAAUCAGAUUGCUCCAGAACUCCUAAUAGCAGAUAAAUGCAAUGAAUUUGCUUAUUUUAGUGGGAAAAAAAUACAAUCCAUCAUGUUAAAUAUAAGUACAAAUCAGCAAAAUGAUAAAAUGAUACUACAUCUGAAGCCACACAGCAAAAACUCUAUUACAUGUCAAAAUUUGAUAGUUGACCAAAACACUGUAGAGAAAACGGUUCAGCAGCUGAAACCAUCAACAAGCUGUCUUGACUAAAUACGAUCUGACUUUUUCAAAGCUAUUGCAAAGUAGCUGCCAUUAAGCCUCUUCUAAGAAAAUAGAACGCUGGAUGCUUCCAUGUUAGCAAGCUAUCCACCCAUCUCAAAUCUUCAUUUCAUAGCCAAGAUUGUUAUUUUAAAUUAACUCAGCAAUUUCUUGAACGUAAAUUGACUUUUUGACAAAUUUCAAUCAGGUUUUCGAACUCAUCACAGUACAGAAUCUGCUGUUAUCAAAGUGCUAAAUGAUAUAAGGUUGCAUACUGACUCUGGAAAGGUGUCAAUUCUGGUCUUGUUGGAUCUCAGUGUGGCUUUUGAUGCGGUCGAUCAUAAUAUCGUAUAAUAUCAGGUCGGUAACGUGGGUAGGACUAAAUGGAAAGUUCUUAAAUGGUUCAGGUCCUACCUGGAGAAAAAGAGUUAUGUUGUAACCAUUGGAAGUGUUCCCUCCUGUUCAGCCUGUAUAUACUACCCUUGGGUCAAAAUCUUCAGAACUUUAAUUUUGACUAUCAUAGCUAUGCAGGUGACACACAGUUACAUCUAGCAGUGUCUCCAGAUGACUGCAGUUCAAUUGAGGUGUGGUGUCACUGUCUAAAAAAGAUAAAUAACUGGAUUAGCCAAAAUCUUCUUCAUUUAAACCACAACAAAACUGAGAAUUGUUUUUUGGCAAUAAAGAAGAGAGGAUAGUUAGUAAAUACCUGGAGUCACUAUCUUUAAAAACCAAAGACCAAGUCCGAAACUUUGGUGUGCUGAUAGAUUUCGACCUUACUUUCAGCAGUCAUAUCACAUCAAUUACUAAAACUACCAUCUGAAGAACAUAUCCUGAGUGAAGGGCUUGCAUGUGGCAAGCAGACCAGGAGAAGCUCAUCCAUACUUUGAUCUCAAUUAUACUUGAUCGUCUUCUGACUGGACUCCCCAACGAGCAUAAACAACUCCCCAACGAGCAUCCAACUAACUAAGAAUUCUGCAGCUCGGGUUCUAACCAGAACAAAGAGGUCAGAGCAUAUUACUCUUAAUUCUAAAGUCUUUACACUGGCUCCCAGUCACCUUUUAGAGUAGAGUUCUGCUACUGGUCUAUAAAUCACUUAAUUGUUUAGGUCCUGAAUACAUGAAAUAAAAGCUAAUGCAAUAUAAACCCAGUAGGGCUCUGAGAUCGACAGACCCAAGUCAAAUAGUGGAGCACAGAGUCCAAAGCAAACAUGGUGAAGCAGCAUUUAGUUAUUAUGCUGCACACAAAUGGAAUAAGUUGCCAACAGAAGUGACGUCAGGACCAAGUGUGAAUGUUUUUAAAUGCAGUUUCUCAUGGUUUUAAGAACAUUUUCCUCUUUUAAACCUUUUAAAUUUCUUGCACUGUACGCUGUUUUAAUUGUACUUUUAUUUUUUUUCUCUUUGUUUUAAAUGUAGGUGGCACGGUGGUUAACUGGUUAGCACAUCUGCCUCACGGUUCCGAGGACCCGGGUUAAAAUCUGGCCUCGCCUGUGUGGUGUGCAUGUUCUCCCCGUGCCCGUGUGGGUUUUCGCCGGGUACUCCAGUUUCCUCCCACAUCCCAAAAACAUGCAUGGUAGGUUAAUUGAAGACUCUAAAUUGCCCGUAGGUGGAAAUGUGAGUGUGAAUGUUUUUUUUAUAUAUAUGUGUGCCCUGCAAUUGGCUGGCGACCAGUUCAGGGUGUACACCGCCUCUCGCCCAGAGUCAGCGGGGAUUGGCUCCAGCACGCCCGCGACCCGAGUGAGAAUAAGCGGUACAGAAGACGAAUGAAUGAAUGUUUUAAAUGUUUAUAGGCUGUUUUUUUUGUCUUUGUUUUUAAAUGCUUUUAAUCAUGUAAAGCACAUGGAUUUAUCUUGUGUGUGUGUGAAAUGCGCCGUAUAAAUACAUUUGCUUUGCUUUACCAUGGCGGAACACAUGGAAUUGACUAGACAUUCCAGUUCAGCUGUCAGCAUCCGAUGUCUGGCUCCAAAUGUUCACCUGCUUUUAUUUUUCUCCGUCUUGACUCGUGUGACCUUUCCAGUGUGCAAAUAGCAAAUUCUCAAUUUCUCUUAGAUUAUUUGAAUCACUUUGCGUGUCAAAGGUCAUAUCAAAUAUAUGUUUUUUGUUUUAAGUAUCUGUUGCAGCACACAAAAGUGCUGCUUAAUGCAAAUAAAUGUUUGCUUUGUCUCGAACUAAAUAAAUUAAGUCAAGAAAAUGUAUCCCUAAUAAAUUGUAAUGUAUGUACAUGUAACCGUGCCUCUUUUAAGUUUGACCAGACUGGUUGCACUUUAUUUGGUAUUUGAAAGGGUGAAAGGUUCAUAGUGGAUUGCCUUUGAGCAUUUUCUAAGAACAUUCCAUCAGACAGAUUAUUGUUGCAAGGAAUUGAAGUUGAUCAUGUCCUGUUUUGGAUUCAUUUGGAUCUUUGUAAACAGUAGUCCAUUUAUCCUGUCUUGGUCACCAUCUGGUGUUUUCCAGCCAAUCGUUGCACAGAUAUCUUUGUAAUCAAACUGUAAUUUACACGAGACAAGUUUGGUUUAGGGUGUGUCUUGAUCCUUAAUGCGAUCCAUAUAAGGCUUGUUGCUUAGAUGUUGCCUGUCCUUGAAUUUUAAUUUCGUUUGAAAGAUCACGUCACCAACCAUUUGAAUGUUGUGAAUGGUUAGUUCAGACAAUACAGUUUAACAAAAAAAAAGAAACAAUUGUAAUAGCAAGAUGGGUAAUAGGCACACAUUCACAUACAACUCAAUAUAAUUUGAUUCAUUAAUAGCACUGUGUCAAAAAGAAUUUGUAAGGUCAUAAUGCACAUUUUAAUUGACAAUCGGAGAUGUUAAUUUACGAUGUGUUUUUGAGUGGGAUAUAACAACUGCAUGAUAAAGAUGUAAAACACAAAGAUAAAUCAGGCAACCAAAAUAUUUCCAAGUAAAAUGCAAUGCAGUUCUACAACUGUAAAUUACAGGCACAAUAAUAAUCACAAGUUUCAGUCAUAACUGAUCGUCUUUGUAAAAUAUUGAGAUGCACCUGUAUAUUAAAUGUCAUGGAAAACUAUUUCAGUAGUUGAAUUCAAAAGGUGAAACUCAGAUACACUACAAAAGGUAAAUGUUCUAAGAUUGUAGGGUAUUUCUUAAAAUUUUGCUGAUCAUAGCCUACAGAUACCCCCCAAUUUUACCUUCUCAAAAAAGUAGAAAAUCAGAGCCAAUCACUGAUUUUAAAUAGAGAAAUGGUGACCUUCUAAUAAUUAUGUGCAUUUAUAUGCAUCCAGUCAGUACUUAGUUGGCAUGCCUGCUGCAUCUGGCAAAGCAGACUGUCACUGAUGAGGUAUUAUUGGAGCCCAGGUUAAUUCUGAUACCAGUGUUCAGCUUGUCUGAAUUAUUCAAUCGGGUGUGGCUCAUAUUUCUUUGGGCCUUAACCCAUUUAUUCUCUGUGGGGUUCAGGUCUGGUGAGUUUUAUGGCCAAUCAAUCACAGCAAUAUCUUGGUUGUUUAACCAGCUUUACAGUUUUGUCAGUGGGGACAGGAGCUACGUUCUGUUGGUGCAUGAAAUCAGCCUCUUCACAUUUUGUCAGCAGAAGGAAGCAGGAAGUGCUCUUAAGAAUUUCCUGGUAAAUACUUUGCAUUUACUGUGGAGUUCAGAAAACACUGUGGACCAAUACCUGCAGAUGACAUCACCCAAGCCAUCACUGCCUGCAAAAAUUACACUUGAAUUUAAUCAACUUGGAUUUUGUACCUAUAUUGUUCCUCCUGAGUGUGUGUCAUUGAUCCCGAGAUUUAAUGAAAACUUUACUUUCCUCUAAAAAUAAGACUACAAAUGUGUUG